AUGCAUGACACAUUGAAGCAUGUGGUAAACGAAGAUCUUCUUGAUGUAUUCGAACUCGGUGACUGCACGCUCUGCGAAACAUCACCAGGCGAUCAUAACUCCUUUGAACACCAGGCAGCCCAAACAAUCCAAAAGGCUAUAAAUUUUAAAACUUUGCUUUUAUCUCUCUCUAGAUUUGGUUACGAGGCAACUCUGACCAACAAUAAUUUUCUUCUUCAUCUAGUCGGCAUUGAACUUUUACAUUGCAAAAAUUUUAACACCUAUAUCGAGAAAUAUGACCCUACACGUGUGUGUACAUGCAGAAGAAUCAUUGAAUCAUUACCGUUAAGCUUAAGAAUGUUAUUGUGUUUAGGACUGACCACUUUCGAACCAGUUCUUGGUGGCGCGCUUUUGUCAUCGUCUGAGUAA